CUGCUCCUGCUCCUCGCUGCUGGACGAGGAGUGCGUUUACUUCUGCCACCUCGACAUCAUCUGGAUCAACACCCCCGAGAAGACUGUUCCGUAUGGUCUCGGAGGCCCUUCUCGAUCCAGAAGAUCGCUGAAGGACAUGGUGCCGGAGAUGCUCGCUGAACCUAGCAGCAGAUGCCGAUGCGCCAACCAGAAGGACAAGAAAUGUCUGAACUUCUGCCAGACAGGAAAAGAUCUCUGGGCUCAGUCCACAGUGGAGAAAACCUCACGUUACCGCGACAAAGCUGGCAAUUGCAUCGGACCCAAAUGCAUGAGCCGACAGCUUGUUGACAGCAGGAAAGUGAAGCGGUUGGAAGCCAUUGGUAACAGUAUCAAAACUUCCUUCAGUAUUGCAAAGCUGAAGGCUGAGCUCCAGAAAGGGCGGAAGCUGAAACACAACAGGGCGAACAAAAGGCAAAGCAUCUGGGAAAGCCUGGAAGCAUCCUAGUGGGAAGAUGACCUGAAUCUUUUUCCAUCACACUUGCUGACAAAGCGUCACC